AUGGAUUACUCGCAACAAUACUUCGCCCAGACGCAGCCCUACCAGUUCAUGGGCAUCCCGCCCCUGACGCCGUCCCAUUCCAACUCGGCGGGUUCAGACGACUUUAACACCACAUCUCCACCGGGUGUUUACACAGAGUACCCUAACGACCAGCAGUUCAACACUUUUGAUAACUAUGCUGCCGCCGCCCAGUUCAACCCUCAGCAUACUUCGUUCCCUGGUCCUCCUACGCCACCGAACCAUGGCCUACCGGUCCAACAGCAGCAAGCCCCUCAGCAACAGCCCAAGCACAAUGGGAUGAGCGUACCCCCAGUCCAGCAGCCUCAGGCCGAUGUUGUUCACAAGCAGGAGCCUCUCGAUGAUUACUCCCGGCGAGGCGGCUCUAACUCGGACGAUGAUGACCUGACACCUGCCCAGUCAAGAAGGAAGGCACAGAACCGCGCUGCUCAACGCGCAUUCCGCGAGCGCAAGGAAAAGCAUGUCAAGGACCUGGAAGCCAAGUUGGCGAACCUUGAGGCCGAGGCUCAGCAGAAGUCCACCGAGAACGAAAGGCUGAAGCGCGAGAUGCAAAAGAUUAGCACCGAAAACGAGAUCCUUCGCGCCACGUCGUCCAUGAACGGUCACAACAGCUCUACGUCGCCGGAGCCUCGCAUGACGGGACCCAUGCACUACAACCCCAAGGAUUUCUACUCUGACCUGCUGGCACAGCACAAUAACAAGACACCAAGCCACCGCGUCGCGAUAUCGUCGGAAGGAGAGCGGUUGUUGGCGGCCGGAGCCACUUGGGACUUCAUCAUCAACCACCCACUAUUCAAACGAGGGUUGGUCGACGUUGGCGACGUAAGUGAGCGACUCAAGAACCAGGCGCGGUGUGACGGCCAAGGCCCAGUCUUCUCCGAACGUUGCAUUAUCGACGCUAUCGAAGGCAGCGUUGCCAGUGGUAGUGAUGAGCUUCUGUAA